GGUGCACUCACAGUACGAAGGCUAUCGGUUCGUCACAUGGAAUAGAAGAGCUAGAGGAACAAUGCCUUCAAAGGUCUCAUGUUUAUACAUUUUGACAGUAGUUUGCUGGGCAAGUGCUCUUUGGUACUUAAGUAUAACUCGUCCUACUUCUUCCUACACGGGCCACAGACAGGUCAGCAGCAUAUCCAUAGCCAGAAAAAAUGUGUCCUUUGGCAACAUAAGAACACGACCUAUAAAUCCACAUUCCUUUGACUUUCUUAUCAAUGAACCCAACAAAUGUGAGAAGAGCGCCCCGUUCUUGGUCAUUCUUAUCAGUACGACUCACAAAGAGUUUGAUGCAAGGCAAGCCAUUCGAGAAACGUGGGGCGAUGAAAACAACUUCAAAGGAAUUAAAAUCGCCACACUAUUUCUUCUUGGAAAAAACGCAGAUCCUGUGUUAAAUCAAAUGGUAGAGCAAGAAAGCCAAAUUUUUCAUGACAUUAUUGUGGAAGAUUUUAUCGACUCUUACCAUAACCUCACUCUGAAAACGUUGAUGGGGAUGAGGUGGGUAGCAACAUUUUGUUCAAAAGCAAAGUAUGUUAUGAAGACAGACAGUGAUAUUUUUGUAAAUAUGGACAAUCUUAUUUAUAAGCUGCUCAAACCUAACACCAAGCCAAGGAGAAGGUACUUCACAGGCUACGUUAUAAAUGGAGGACCAAUAAGAGAUGUUCGCAGUAAGUGGUACAUGCCCAGAGAUUUGUAUCCCGACAGCAAUUACCCACCCUUCUGUUCAGGCACUGGCUACAUUUUUUCAGCCGAUGUAGCAGAAAUGAUUUACAAAACCUCCCUUCAUACCAGACUUCUACAUCUUGAAGAUGUGUAUGUUGGACUCUGCCUUCGAAAGCUGGGCAUUCACCCCUUCCAAAACAGUGGCUUCAAUCACUGGAAAAUGGCCUACAGCUUGUGCAGGUACCGCAGGGUGAUCACAGUGCACCAGAUAACACCAGAAGAAAUGCACAGAAUUUGGAAUGACAUGUCCAGCAAGAAACACCUUAGAUGUUAAGAUUUUUAUAGAUGUAAAUACCUUUUUUAAAAUUUUGGUUGAGUUUGGUUAUUUUUUGACAAAGUGGUCUGC